GACACUCCCUCCAUGCGCAGGUUAUCCACAGCAGCGCAACACGUCCAAGCCAGCCUCGCUUACGGUGUUCCAGCCCGGACCACUUUGGAAGCACAGCCCGAGUCAACUUGAGCCUGGACUAGAGGACAGGAAGGAGGAUGGAAGACCGGAAAGACCCCUGACGCGCGUCUUUUGCGCACCAAAGUGAGAAAGAGGAUGCAUCCAAAGGGUUCCAGUCAAGGAAUGCUCCUGCAGGUGGGAUAGAUGCUCUAAGGAUUGGAUACAUUCAGGAGAAUCUGGACUUCCAGACCGGAUCCGGGUUGUGAGGGAGCUCACAUUUUGAAGGAUUACCAGGAGGAGGAGUUUUUAUUUUAUUUUUGCUGCGAGCGUAGAGGUUUCAUGUCGGAGAAGACUUUUGCGUUGCCAUGACGAGCGAGGAGGAGGAGGAGGGCCCCGGCGUUGCGGCAUCAUCGGCUCAGUUGGCUGUGACCAUCUCCCGGGCGACGGCGGCCGCAGCCGGUGGCGAUGGCGGCGAUGAUGCUAUCAUCCAACCCUCCUCCCCCUGCAGGCGCUCCACCUAUCACCUCCCUUGUCCCAACGAAGAGGAGGAGGAGGAGGAAAAGGAGAAGAUAGAGGAGGACAAGCAACUGGAGGUAGUGGAUGAUGACGGUGAUGAUGAUGUCAGCAGUACCACCAGCGUUCUGGUGGUGCCGUAUCCCGAGCUGGUCCCCGUGGUCUUCUUCUGCCUCAAGCAGACCACAUGUCCUCGCAGCUUGUGCAUCCGCAUGGUCUCCAGUCCUUGGUUCGAGCGUGUGAGCAUGAUGGUGAUCCUGCUGAACUGCGUCACUUUGGGAAUGUACCAACCCUGCGCCACCAUCGACUGCUCCUCCGAUCGAUGCCAAAUACUGCAGGCCUUCGACGCCUUCAUCUACAUCUUCUUCGCCAUGGAGAUGGUCAUCAAGAUGGUGGCGCUGGGAAUCUUUGGCCGGCGCUGUUACCUUGGCGACACGUGGAACCGACUGGACUUCUUCAUCGUCAUGGCAGGGAUGGUGGAGUAUUCCCUGGACCUGCAGAACAUCAACUUCACAGCCAUCAGGACGGUGCGUGUCCUGCGACCGCUGAAAGCCAUCAACAGAGUGCCGAGCAUGCGUAUCCUGGUCAACCUGCUGCUGGACACGCUCCCCAUGCUGGGCAACGUCCUGCUGCUGUGCUUCUUCGUCUUCUUCAUCUUCGGCAUCAUCGGCGUGCAGCUGUGGGCGGGCCUUCUGAGGAACCGCUGCUACCCGGAAGAGAAUUUCACGCUCACUUCCGGCAUCAGCCUGCCGCGUCCUUAUUACAUGGCGAGUGAGGAUGACGAGCGGCCCUUCAUCUGCUCGCUGCCAGUGGACAACGGCAUCAUGUCAUGUUCAUACGUGCCGGCGCGCCGUGAGGGGGGCCACACGUGCUGCCUGGACAAGGACGACGUGCUGUACCGCCAGUCGCUGGGCCUCAGCGUGGAGGUGCCGGCCAACGGCAGCAUGGGCGUGUCGGGCCUGUGCGUCAACUGGAACCAGUACUACACCAGGUGUCACACCGGGUCCAGCAACCCCCACAAGGGGGCCAUCAACUUUGACAACAUCGCCUACGCCUGGAUCGUCAUCUUCCAGGUGAUCACUCUGGAAGGCUGGGUGGAGAUCAUGUACUACGUGAUGGACGCACAUUCCUUCUACAACUUCAUCUACUUCAUCCUGCUCAUAAUUGUGGGCUCCUUCUUCAUGAUCAACCUGUGCCUGGUGGUCAUUGCCACACAGUUCUCGGAGACCAAGCAGAGGGAGCAUCAGCUGAUGCAGGAGCAGCGAGCCCGAUGCUUGUCGUCAUCCACGCUGGCCAGCGAGCCCGGCGACUGCUACGAGGAGCUCUUCCAGCUCAUCUGCCACAUGAUCCGGAAGGCCCGCAGACAGACCGUCACCCUCUUCAACACCCUGCGCGGGAAACCUCGCGGCUUCAGGGGUGUCGGAAGAGGCAGGCGAGGCGACGGCAGGGACAGGAAGACCAACGGGAGAGGAGGGCGGGAGAGAAGAGCUGUUUUCCGACCUGGUCCACCCUGCCCCCACCAUUACAAACCCAACCACGCCCCCUCAGGUGAGCCCAUGGCACUUACCAACACCCCCUCCACUGCGGGCGGCUGCCCCCAAUGCGCCGCCACCUUGGCGCUCACUGAUGGGACCAUGGCGGCGGGACGCGUCACAGCCAAAGAGGAGGCGGAGGAUGGCGCGUUGGAGGAGGAAGACAAGGAGCGAGGACAGUGUGGGAUCAAAGAGAGGUCAUGCCAGGGGGGCGCCGCGGGGGGCACCAUAGGCUGCAGCCCCCGAGAGCAGUGCAGGACGCUGUGGUACGACGCGAGGAUGAAGCUGUGGGGCAUCGUGGAGAGCAAGUACUUCAACCGAGGCAUCAUGAUCGCCAUCCUCAUCAACACUGUCAGUAUGGGCAUCGAACAUCACGAGCAGCCUGAGGAGCUGACAAACGUGCUGGAGAUCUGCAACAUUGUCUUCACCAGCAUGUUUUCUUUGGAGAUGAUCCUCAAGCUCACCGCCUUUGGUUCCUUCAACUACCUGAGGAACCCUUACAACGUCUUCGAUGGCGUCAUCGUCAUCAUAAGCGUCUGUGAGAUCGUGGGUCAAUCCGACGGCGGCUUGUCGGUGCUGAGAACGUUCCGGCUGCUGCGGGUGCUCAAGCUGGUGAGGUUCAUGCCGGCCCUUAGAAGACAACUGGUGGUCCUCAUGAAGACCAUGGACAACGUGGCCACCUUCUGCAUGCUGCUCAUGCUUUUCAUUUUUAUCUUCAGCAUUUUGGGGAUGCACAUCUUUGGCUGCAAAUUCAGCCUGAAGACCGAGACGGGAGACACAGUACCAGACAGGAAGAACUUUGACUCCCUGCUGUGGGCCAUCGUCACCGUCUUUCAGAUCCUGACCCAGGAGGACUGGAACGUGGUCUUGUACAACGGCAUGGCGGCCACUUCACCCCUGGCCGCUCUCUACUUUGUGGCCCUGAUGACCUUUGGGAACUACGUCCUCUUCAACCUGCUGGUGGCCAUUUUGGUGGAGGGCUUCCAGGCGGAGGGUGAUGCCAAUCGUUCUUAUUCAGACGACGACCGCUCUUCUUCCAACUUCGAUGAGAGCGAGAAGCACGACUCCAUAAAACUAUCGGACCCAAGGAUCUGCACCUUGACGCCCAACGGUCACCUGGAGCUGGGAGCCCUCACGGGGCCCAGGGGCUCCCACUCCUCAGAGAGGCGGAGUUUCACCGGCGAGUCCCGAAAGAGCAGCGUGAUGAGCAAAGGCAGCCUGGAGAGACGCUCCCUCUCUCUGCGGCACGGUCGCAGUUCCAACUACCACAACUGGGGGCGCCCUCUUCCCCCGCAGGCAGCAUGGAGCCGCAGGUCGAGUUCAAACAGCCUGGGUCGGAGGAACUACGGCUUUGGCGGUGCCCCGCUGGUGGGGGGCAGCCUCCGUGUGCACAGCACCCGCACGCCUUACUCCCACACACAUGCCCCCGAGCAGGAGUCCCUUCUCUCCCGACCCCCACAACACCAUCCACCCCAAGCCGGGCUCUUCCUGUCCAGACACUUUGCUGCCAGACGGGACCGCCGGGCGCUAUCCUUGGAGCUUGGACAGCCCCCCUGCCUUCCUCCUGUCAACACAGACUCUGUAAAAAGGUCUCCAGCCGGGGCGUCUAUCACGGAGGGUUCCGGGACCGGAAGCGGCUUCGGUGCUCACCACCGGGACUGCAAUGGCAAGACGCCCGGCGCCCACAGCCUUCUGAUGUCCGACGUUUUCCCCCAAGUCAACGCCCGCAAGGACCUGGAAGAAGAGACGGACUAUAGUGUUUGUUUCCGCAUGCAGAAGAUGUUUGAGGUGUACAAACCUGACUGGUGUGAAAGCAGAGAAGACUGGUCGGUCUACCUCUUUUCCCCUCAAAACAAGUUCAGGCUGCUGUGCCAAUCAAUCAUCGCUCACAAGCUCUUUGACUACGUGGUCUUGGUCUUCAUCUUCCUCAACUGCAUCACGGUGGCGCUGGAGAGGCCCAGGAUCCUUCAGGGAAGCCUGGAAAGGCUUCUUCUCACGCUUUCCAACUACAUCUUCACCGCCAUCUUUGUCACCGAGAUGACUGUCAAGGUGGUGUCCAUGGGGCUUUACCUGGGAGAGACGGCCUACUUGAGGAGCAGCUGGAACAUUCUGGACGGCUUCCUGGUCUUCGUAUCGCUCAUCGACAUCGUGGUGUCCAUGGCAGGCGGCGCCAAGAUCCUGGGCGUGCUCCGCGUUCUCCGGCUGCUCCGAACGCUCCGCCCCCUCAGGGUUAUCAGCAGAGCUCCCGGUCUGAAGUUGGUGGUGGAGACCCUCAUUACCUCCCUCAAGCCUAUCGGCAACAUUGUCCUCAUCUGCUGUGCCUUUUUCAUCAUCUUUGGAAUCCUGGGAGUUCAGCUCUUCAAGGGCAAGUUCUACUACUGUGUCGGCCUGGAUGUGAAGAACAUCACCAACAAAUCGGACUGCCUGGCUGCCAAUCACCGAUGGGUUCAUCACAAAUACAACUUUGACAAUCUUGGACAGGCUCUGAUGUCCUUGUUUGUGCUGGCCUCCAAAGACGGCUGGGUCAACAUCAUGUAUCAUGGACUGGAUGCAGUGGGGAUAGACCAGCAGCCAGUGACCAACAACAACCCGUGGAUGCUGCUCUACUUCAUCUCCUUCCUGCUCAUCGUCAGCUUCUUCGUGCUCAACAUGUUCGUGGGCGUGGUGGUGGAGAACUUCCACAAGUGUCGGCAGCACCAGGAGGUGGAGGAGGCGCGGCGGCGCGAGGAGAAGCGCCAGCGCCGAAUGGAGAAGAAGAGACGGAAGGCCCAGAAGCUUCCUUACUUUGCAUCGUACGGACCGGCGCGCCUGGCGAUCCACACGCUGUGCACCAGUCACUACCUGGACCUGGUCAUCACCUUCAUCAUUUGCAUCAACGUCAUCACCAUGUCCCUGGAGCACUACAGCCAGCCUCAGUCUCUGGAAACAGCACUGAAGUACUGCAACUACUUCUUCACCUCCACCUUUGUCAUUGAAGCAUCGCUCAAGCUGGUGGCCUUCGGAUUUCGGCGUUUCUUCAAAGACAGAUGGAACCAGUUGGACCUGGCUAUUGUACUGCUGUCAGUGAUGGGCAUCACACUGGAGGAAAUUGAGAUCAAUGCCUCACUGCCCAUCAACCCAACCAUCAUCAGGAUCAUGAGGGUGCUCAGGAUAGCACGAGUGCUGAAGUUGUUGAAAAUGGCCACCGGGAUGAGAGCAUUGCUGGAUACGGUCGUCCAGGCUCUGCCUCAGGUGGGGAAUCUGGGCCUUCUCUUCAUGUUACUCUUCUUCAUCUACGCCGCUCUUGGUGUGGAGCUCUUUGGUGAGCUGGUGUGCAACCUGGACUAUCCCUGCGAGGGAAUGAGUCGCCAUGCCACUUUUGAAAACUUCGGGAUGGCCUUCCUCACCCUCUUCCAGGUCUCCACGGGGGACAACUGGAAUGGCAUCAUGAAGGACACCCUACGGGAGUGCCCCCCGGGCCGCCCGAGUAGCGACUACGGUUGCCACGCCGGCCUGCAGUUCAUCUCGCCCAUGUACUUUGUGUCCUUCGUGCUCACGGCGCAGUUUGUCCUCAUCAACGUGGUGGUGGCGGUGCUCAUGAAGCACCUGGACGACUCCAACAAGGAGGCGCAGGAAGACGCCGAAAUGGACGCCGAGAUCGAGCUGGAGCUGGCCCAGGGCGGCCUCUGCUGCAUGAUGGGGGGUAUUGGGGCCAUCGCAGGCGCUACCAGUGCGGCCGCCGGCAUGGGCGGCAGAGCGGCUACCGCAGCAAUCGGGGCUCCGAGCAGUACUAUGACGGCGACACCAAAGGAUGGAGGAGGACCUUGUGGUCCUCAAGAGGGACUCGCUAAUCACAGAUGUCGACUUUAUUCUCCUGCUCAGGAGAGCCAGUGGCUGGACAGUGUAUCCCUGCUUAUUAAAGACUCAGCGGAAGGUGACAUGAUCGACAACCUCUCUGGUUCCGUCUUUCAUCACUACUGCUCCGCUCCCGUCUGCAAGGACUGUGAGGGACACCCGCAGGAGAUCCGGCUGGCGGAGGUGGAGCAGAUGUCCCUGAUGUCGGAGCAACUGUCGGACAAGUCGUCAUCUCCAGCGCUGCCUGACGACCUGAGCCUGGAUGAACAUGGAAGCUAUCAGCUCUUGGUUGGUGGAAGUCAGAGGGGCAGCAGUGACUCCCACAGUUCGGGGGAGUUGCCCACAGAUGUCCGCUACAGUGGGCUCCAUACUCCCGGAGGCAAUGAGGAGGAGGAGGAGGUGGACCAGGAGAUGUCUGAGGUUGGCAUCCGUCCUCGCUUGUGUCCUCCCUCGGUGGAACGACAAAGCCCGGCACACUGCAGAGAUGACUGCGUCAGCGUCAGCAAAGGAGCCCUCAGGUCGUCGCCGGUCUUUCAUCUGCCUGCCGACUUCUUUCACCCGGCUGCUGCGGCCCAACCGGGCGCUCCCGAAAUCGGUGCCAGCCCACGAGAAAGAGCGCCGGCCAGGUUGGCCUCGCCGACUUCCUGGGCCUCCCUCCGAUCACCCGGAGCUAACAGCGGGCCGCCGCAGUCACGGCACACGUCCUACAGUGACUUGUCCUCGGCUGCAGGCAGUUCAGAGAGCAGCAUGCAGGCAGCGCUCGAGGAAGGCCUCAGCUUUAGCGUCUCGCCACCUGGUGAUCCGGAUCUCCCAUGUCCACUUCUCAGCCACACCUCAAACCUGACUGAAGGCGAGCAGGAGCAGGGAUGUCCGAUGGUGAAGAAACACAACUCUCCAGUCCCCCUCCAGGCCAGUAGAGGCCAACAGAGAAGCCAGAGUAGCUCCGGUGGAGGCAGCUCCAGCCCCGGCUGCGACCGCCAGGACUGCAUGGACCCUUCCAACGAGGACACGGGGGCAGGGGAUUGUGGGCAUGCCUCUCUGAACAAUCUCUCGCUGACUUUGCCGCUUACGCCGGCAUCUUUGGUGCCCCCACUGGUGAAGAAAUGUAACAGCACAGGAACAUUGGACCAGACUAACAAGUCGGGCAGAGGUGGAUGCCAGCUCUCUGAGGACGAUGCUCAGAUGUACUGGACGGCGGCGGGUAGGGCGAGAGACGAAGACUGCGAUGUCACAGACUUCAGCGGGAAAAACAGCAGGGAAAGGGACUCGAACUCACGAAAGAACAGAUGAAACUCUUGACCAGGGAAAGAUUCUUCUGACUCGUUCUGUGAUCCCAAAUCGUCUUUGAACCGUCUGUUCUCUGUCACUCCCCUACUGGGAUUCGGCUGUUUGGGGUCGGUUGUUUUGUUCGGGCUUGUUCAGUGCUAACUCUGUCAUGACGGCAAGGAGCUUACAACCUUAAAGAUGUGUUCCUCCCGGGCUCUUGGUUGAAGCUUCAUUCAGAGGAAGCUGGCCUGAAAAACAGGGGCAACAGGAGACAACAGUAUUCUCAACCCAAGUGCAAAAAAAGGCAAUAGUCAGUUCUGGUCACAUGACACAUUUUGCUGAAGAAGAAGCAGGAUUUGAGUUGUUUUUAUCGAAAUAUCACUAAAAAGUAGCAUUGAACAACCAACGAGAUAUUUUAAAAGGUUGUCGAUUUUCUGUGAGCUUGUGUAGACUCAAGUGUCCUCGAAAGACCUUCCCCAUCAAGUGGUCCAGUUCGGUUUUGUAUGUCGCGAUACGAUUCUGAAGGCUAAACCUUGACGUGGCCUUUAUUCUAACAAGUGGGAUGAAAGUACCCAAAGUGUCACAAAUAAGGAGCCGUUCAAAAGCGCCAUCAAAUUCAGACACAAGGGGCACUUUAUGAAGUGCCCCCGAAUGGGGCGGCAUUCAUAUAUGUUUGCAAUUGGGGCUAUACAGGGGCUACAAAAAUUGGGUUGUAGUGACAUUUUGUUCCUGGUGUCACCGUUGCGCCCUUAGACCACCUAGACCGAUCCCUUAUAAGAUACCACCCAUCAUUGGGUAAACAAUCAAAGAAGGAACCAUUCUCGUCAUCUUGCUAAUUUUAACUGUGAAAACCCAAACAAAUGCAACCAAACUGGAGUUCUUGGUGGAAACUGGUCUUAGGAGCUUGCCAGUUCUGAGAGUGGACUGAGAGUGGAUCAUCGCUGCUGCUGCUGAGAAUACAUGUGGGCUCCUUGGUGGUUCUCACAUAUCCAUGAAAGGGCUAAAAAGUACCGAGUUGCAGACCUGGGCCAAAUACUGUUAGCGGGUCUUUGUUGCCAACCACAGGAACUUUUUGUCGGAGCAAGGUUUUAGACAUCGAUGCGAUUUAUUUACCUUGUCUUGUGUUGCGCCCCCAUGAUGGACAUCUUUGUGUCUUUGUUCUUAAACCAACGGCGGACUUUCCAGUUUAGUUUUAAAGGCUACCUCGGGGGCUAACUGCAAUCCCGUCGGUUUCGUCUUUCGUCACACAUCCGAUUUUGCCGUUCAUUGAAAAAAGCGGAAGCUGACGGGAUUAACAGUUCCAUACAAAGUCUUAUUUGACUCAGGUCUGCUGAAGUGUAGCAAGAGAACAAACAAACUAUGGUAAGCAAAUGCGGAACAAAAUGGCUCUCACUUGUAAACGUCAAGAAAAGCCACCGUUUACCCGACUGGCCGGGUAUGUAGUCAGGUGUGGUGUGUGGUGUGUGGUCCUCGCGGCCAUGUGUUGUUGUGAUGUGUUUGUGUCUCGCAUCCAGAGCAGGUAGACCUCAGGUGGACUUCAACGCACGCACCCAUUCAAACACACACACAAACACACACACGAGAUGUCAACACACACUGUGGUGUUUUUGUAGCUUCAUCUUCAUUCACUUACCUUUCCUCGGGGAAGCCACAGUAUUAGAUAAGUAUUGAGUCCCCACAACCCCCGCUACCCUCACCCGCCCUUUGGAGAUAUGCAAUACGCUAUAGUAGAUGUACAGUUAGAAGUAUGAUCUCAGAGAAGAUUAUAUUUAUUAUGACCGGUGUGAUAGAAUCAAAUGCCAGCUGGAUUGAAAGGUCACUGAAAGGAUGAUGUAGUGUCACCUGUGAUGUGUAUCAGGAACCCCCCCCAGCCCCCAGGCACCCCGCCUCACUGAGUUUUGUUCUGCAAAAAUGCAUGUGGGGUUCUGUUUCUGUUUCCCUAAAUGUCACUCUGGUGUCAUAUAAAAGUGAACAAGCUUUUUCGUGUCUCUGAUGGUCGUUCAUUCCCUGCCGCAUGUUGGAAUUUCCACUGCUAUGCUCAUUUUGGACUCCAACCUCAUCUGUCUUCUUCUUCAGGAAUUCAGCCAGGUAGUCCAGCUAGCAGCAUAUCAUGCACGGUGGAUGAGUGGUUAGCGCGUAGACCUCACAGCUAGGAGACAAGGGUUCAAUUCCACCCAUUAUUUCCUAUGAGGAAAAAUGCAUUUGG